UCAGGCAGAUCAACUCGAACGGGCGUCAAGUGAACAACACGCAACGACGAUAUAUCCGAACCAAAAUCCAACGAACAAUUCUAUUUGAAAACUCUCAAAGCAUCCAAAUCUAAAAAUCUCAACAUGGUUUACGAAAGUGGAUUUACGACCCGCAGAACCUACUCCUCGAGGCCGGUGACAACUUCCUACGCAGUUACGAGAACGAAGAGAACACCAAUUGACUGGGAGAAAGUUCCGUUCGUGCCGCGGCCGUCGCUCAUCUCGGAUCCGGUGACCGCCUUCGGAGUGCGGCGUCCCGAUCUCGAGCGGCGCCAGCGGUCGAUCCUCGAUCCGAUCAAUCGGGCCUCCAUCAAGCCCGACUACAAGCUGGCCUACGAGCCCAUUGAGCCGUAUGUCUCCACCCGGGACAAGAACCGGACGCGGAUCCUGGGCAUGGUGCGCCAGCACAUCGACACCGUGGAGGCGGGUGGCAAUACCGCCGGCCGCACCUUCCGCGACAGUCUGGACGCCCAGCUGCCGCGACUCCAUCGCGCCGUCUCCGAGUCCUUGCCAGUUCGCCGGGAGACCUACCGCAACGAGAGGUCGGGCGCGAUGGUCACCAAGUACUCCUACUAGGGGAGCAUCAUCCUAUUCACCCAACCGAUAACCCGAACCCAAUCGAAGCCUAGUCGAACGAACCUAGUCGUAUCUAAGGACACAUAACCAACUAAAACAGACAAAAAAAAAACUGAAAAUGCAUUCAAAAUAAUGAUAGGCCUACAUAUAGUCUAGCCAUAGUCCAUAUAAUCUUGUGUUAACCCACUAAACACUGAACAAGUUUUUACUCUACACAGAGAAAAAGUAGAACUUUUAGACAUUCUAUCCAGAAUACGUUGUAAUCGAAAUAUUUCCAUUUUAGCAGUACGCUCUAUAGAAAUUGUUCAAUGAGAUUCCAACUACAAACGGUCAGUGCUUUUUUCUCUGUGUACCCAUGUAUCUAACGUUUCAUUCAUAGACUCAUAGCAUUUGUGUGCAUAGAUGGUUGCAUUAAGCUCUUAACUCUAAAGUAAAACAGUUCGAACAUGUUUCAAUUUCCCCAAUUGAGUCGCCUUGCGUUCUUUGGCCAUUUGCAUACAGCAGUUCGUGGAGCAGCAGGAGCAAGUUUAAUCCUUUUAUGAUGCUUGUGCUGCCAAUGCCGAAAUAGAAACCAAAACCAAAACCAAACCAAACCUUAUCUCUAUAUCACUAUCAAAUCGGAAUUUAUAGACUCCACGCUUAGACCUGUGCACGGACAGACCGGGCUCGCACCGCAGCCGGGCCUCCUCGGACUACUCGUACACCUCGAAGUCGUCCGUGGAGAAGAGCAGCUACGACUCGAGCAACCCGCACUCGUACCGCCCGGAGCGCUCCACGUACACGUCGACUGUGGAGAAGACGUCGCGCAGCGGUCCCGGCGGCUCGUACAACUACAGCACAGAGCGGACCAGCACCACUGGCGCCGGACCCGGUGGCUACAGCUAUUCUUCGACCACCAGCGGCAACCUGCCCGGCGGCACCAAGUACCGCCACUUCUCCUACCACGUGUAGGAGACGCACAGCGUCAAAGGAUCGGCGUUGGCUGUCCACGGCUUUGAAUGUUAUGGUGCCCACUAAUACGUCAUUGUUCUGAAUUUAUAUAUAUAUAUAAAUAUAUACAUUUUGCAAAUAAUCCACUUAACCCGCUAACCUUGAGUGCCCAUAUAUAUAUAUAUAUAUUUGUAUACGAAGUUUUCAAUGAUGAUGUAUUUUCGUUUUGACUUGGACUAAUCACCACUAAUGCCCAAAUAGUUUCGCAUAUAGACUAGAUUAACCGAACAAGAUCAACAAUUUCUGUGUGUAUUUGCAACCUUCAAGAAGUCAUGUUAAAACAUAUUUGUGAUACAAUAAAAUAAACACGGUCUUAUCUC